CUGCCGCUGUGGGCUCAGAGUUUGCUGAGGCUUGUGGCUCAUGCAUAGGUUGACUUGUUGUUAUUCUGAACUAGGUUUGGGUUUCACCUUGUCUUGAGUUCCUUUGGUAGGAGUGUUUUUUUGGUCAGUCAGCACAAAAAAAAUGUAUUUGUCUAGAUUCUGUAAUGACUUUUAAUCUCAGUUUUACUGUUUGGUGCUUUUUUGCCCUUGAUGAUGUUACCAAAUCAAAAUAACUGUUUCUGAUUUUUCAUAUCACAGAACCUAGAUGUUGCGACAAACACUUUCUCAAGGCCAUAUGAGCUAAUUGUUGCAUUCUAUGUAAGCUAAGAGGCUUUCAGUGGAAUUCAGCCACAAGGAUUAAACACUGUGUGUUGCUUUCAACACGAGCCGCUUUUUCAAGUGGAUUACAGUAUUCCUUGACCUGAGUUGUUGCUUGAGGUUACUUUGUGUUAUUUCCCACAGAGCUGAGUAUGAAGGUAGACAGCAGCUUUGAAUUUUGUCUAUUCUUCUCUCAGAGUAGGUGGCUUCCUGUUGAUUCUCUGUGUUAACAGAGGUCUAUUCAACAAGGAACAAUCUCAAACACUUUGACAUUUUCAGUAGUCCUUUUUAAAAUUAGCAUGGAGCAUGUGCUGCUUUGUUUUGUGGUCAGGCUUUAUGACUCGCUGGUGAGUUGAGGGGUAUUAUUAGCUGGUUUCAAACUAAAACAAUGCGUCUUUACCUCUUGGUUCUUACAGCAAAGCAAGCAAGGAAGCAUGGGGAACAGACUCAUAGCUAUUUUUGAUUCCUGUUUAUAUUUUGUUUUUUGAGGGGAUUUCAUAAUGCGGUUCACAUUUUUAGCGUGAGGUUUUACGUGAGGUCAUUAUGAUGUCAGUUGUUAUGAGUCUGGCACAAGAGACUGAAAUCUUUCUCCUAUUUCCAAAUUCAGAUUGCAAACAGGGGUCAUGUGACAAACUAUAGAGGGCUGAAGUAACUGGUUCAGCUUGUAUACUGCAUUACCAGUUUCAGUUGCAUUUCCAUGAAAAUACAUUUCCCAACAUUGUUCCAUCAAGCUUUUAUUAGAAGAGACAGAACUAAGUCAUGCAUUAGCAGAAAUUUGAAAAGCACACGUGUUGAGGUGAAAUGUGUGGAACACUAUGCUAUAUUUGUCAUUAAAUUGCCCAUGUGUCAAAACCACUACACAUUCAAAUGAUAUACAGGCUGCCAUCAGCAUGACAAGAGAGAAUGGAGUAACUGUGCUGAGUGAUUUUAUGAGAUGUUCAGGGGUUACAAAGCUGCUCACAGGCAAUGUUGACAGACCUGUUGCACUUGAGAAGCUCAAGGAACUUUCUUUUGCUUUUUGUUUCUCUCACUCUAUGUUGCACUCAUACACAUACAUGAACAUCCCCACACAACCACCUGGCAGCCAUUUAUAUCAGAUGGUUAGUCGCCCUCAGGUAUGAGGUUCAACGACGAUGUUAGCUAUGACAACAUGAAUGGGUGCUUUCUUCCGCAUAUAAGGCAUGAUUUGAUUUAACUCAUCGCGUCAUGAGCUGUCACUCCACAACUAUGUGCUGAUUGAUUAAAGAUUGCGAUGCGUGCUUUGGGACAGAGUUUGAAUAAAAAAGAAAGCCUUCUUCAUUCUUCUGACCCAUUUGAUUAAUUUAAUUGUGGACACAUACAGCAACAUAAAGCAGAGAGUUGAUUAAAUGCAUCAUUUUUCCAACAAAGAAGCCCUGAUUAAUGAGCUCAAGAAGAGCUGUCUAGCUUACACUAAGAGGCCAAUGAAUGGAUAUGUGAAUGAAUGGCCUGAGGUAUUCAUGUUUGUAGACAUUAAGUGAGCUAGCUUUCACUCAUGUGACUAGAGGGUUCAUCAUGUGUGUCCAUUAGACCUCUACAGACCUAAAACAAUAGAUAUCUUUGUUGUAUUUCAGCCGAAGUAAUUUAAGUGGGGGUUUAAAGUGUGUCAGGUACAGAUUCCUGUUUGAACCGGAGAGGAAGUUGAUGGCCAUCAGGCAUGAAGGCAGGGUGUGUCACCUCGCAAUGAAGAGGGAGGGAACAGGUGUGAAUGAUGCGUUGAUGUUCAGAGAGUUGUCACUCCCUGCUGCAUUCCAGCUCCAACUCGACUCAGCAUACAAGUAUGCCUCACAGCCCCAAGCCUCACACUGAAGACUUACAACAUCACUUCCUGUCGCCGCACAGAGAAACUUGAGCAGCGGACAGAUUUACAUCGCACUCACAUGGUGCCAAACCUCCAGGACUGGAUAAAGCUAGUUUUUGUGCAGUACUAAUUCCUGGAUUCCUCUGGCAGUGUGGCUAUGGGAGGCAAAGAGGAGGUAGUGGUGAGCAGGCUCGAUUCCAACAUGCAGUUUCCACGUACCAAAUUGAGCCGUUUCAGGCUCCGUCCAAACAACAGCCCAGUGAGGGGCAAGCGCAUGAAGUCAAAGUUCCAUAAGAAAAAAGCAAGAGAUCCCAGCCCCACCGAGAUGAGCGUGGACCCCUGGGCCGGCACGCAGGACCAGGCAGCCGCUGAACACGCACACAGCACGCACACGCCGCCGCCCUCCCAGGACCAGGAGCAGCAUCCCGACGAACUCUGCCUGGACUCAUUUUGGAGUGAGGUAGAGACUAUUCGACAGGGGAGUGGCUACACAGACCUCGACUGCACCAGAAGAGACUCCAGACAGUCAGAAGAGGGAGAACAAGAGGAGCAGUGGCUGGCCGAUGCUGGCUUGUCAAACCUCAUCAGUGAGGACAGCGAGGAUGUAGAUAACGCGGUGCUGCUGUCCACUCUGACCCGGACGCAGGCCGAAGCCGUUCAGCGCCGACUGGAUUCCUACACGCUGUCCCUCCGCAAAAGGAACAAACCACCUCCCCGCGACGUUCGUGACAUCUUCCACUCCCCUAUCGCUCAGACCCUUCUGCCUGAGUCUCAGCAAAGUGAAGACCUUGCCCAAAACAGCAUGGCAUCGGUUGCCAAAACACCACUAUCAGCUGUGACACCGGAGCAUCAGCGAUGUGCUCCCAAAGAGGAAUUCUUCAUCACUGAUGUUGCCUACUGCGAACAGGCCGUCAUCUUCCUCAAACAAGCCAAACUGCCGCAGAAUAACAGCCAACGCAGAAAAGAGGACGGCACCCUGCCUCGGGUUAUCUGCCCCAAGUGCCGUCUAGGAGUGACUCGUAUUCAAGAUCUGUCCCACGCUGACAUGAAGAAGGUGCGUCAGUUGGCUCUCAUCGACAUGACAGCGUUGUCCGACCUUCUCGAGCUCGAGGUCAAAAGAAACAAAACCGGCAAGAGGAAAAUCCCAGAGAGCACGCUGUUUGGGGUACCUCUGGCCACGCUGCUGGAGAAUGAUCAGAAAAUGAAGCCCAACACCUCAACUCCUCUGUUCAUGCAGGCGUUGUUAUCGUUUCUGGAGAAGAAAGGAGUCGAUUCAGAAGGGAUCCUGCGGGUUCCAGGGUCUCAGUCCAGAAUCAAGCUGCUGCAGCAGAACUUGGAGACCAACUUCUACUCAGGGCAGGUCAGCUGGGAUGAAGUGAGUCCAAAUGAUGCUGCUGCACUACUCAAGAAGUUCAUCCGUGAACUGCCUGCUCCUCUGCUCACUGCGGAGUACCUCAACACCUUCAGCGCUGUCAGAGACAUCACAGAGCUGAAGCAAAAACUCCACAUGUUGAAUCUGCUCAUCCUGCUGCUGCCUGAGCCCAACAGGAACACACUAAAGGCCCUGCUCGAGUUCCUCAGUAAGGUGGUUUCCAGGGAGAAAAGGAACAGGAUGAACCUGUGGGCUGUCGCGACCAUCAUGGCUCCCAACCUCUUCCUCCAUAAGGCCGUCCCCAGCAGACUGACUGAGGGGGCAGAGAAAGGACAGGCAGAGAAGGCAGCUGACGUUAUGAGGCUCCUCAUCCGCUACCAGGAUCUGCUCUGGACGAUCCCUAACUUCCUCAUGAGCCAGGUGCGUAAACUGAAUGAGAACAGUAACCGGCGUUACCAGUUCUAUGACCGCCGCAUCAAGAACCUGCUGAGGAAGAUUCACACAGACAGCAGGGACAAACCUGACAAAAACACCUCUGAGCCGCGUCGUACAGUGAAGAUCCAGGUUGGUGAUCUAGUGAGCGGCACGAUGGAGUUCCAGCUCAACAUCAACUCACGAACCUCAGACCUGCUCUCCCAGUUUCACCGCCAGUUCCUCCGCAGCCCUGACAAUGGAAAAGGCAAAAUGCGAAGAAACGGCUCUGUGGUGUAUCCAGACUGCGCCCUGUACGAAGUGGGAGGAAAUAUUGGUGAACACUGUUUGGAUCCCGACACACACCUCCUGGAUUUGUACAACAGUAACCCAGGAGGAGAGUGGUUCAUCAAGAUGAAACCCAACGCCAGCAGAGGGCUGUAACGACGGAUGGGCAGAUCGAGGAAAAUGAUAAAGGCAGAAUCUUUACAAAAACAUCAAAUCCAUGCAGCUAUCGCUUCUUCAUGUCCCGCACAACCUUUGAGCAACAAGCGAGAAGGAGACAGAUGCAGGAGGCAGAAACGGUCAGAUGGAGAAUCUGCCCGGAGCAGAGCCUCAAAACUGUCUGAUCACAUGAGCUCACACCGCCCUCUUUCCCUUUCACCUUCCCAUUUGCCUCCAUCUUCUUCUGCUCCUUCCUCCCUUUGCACCAUCAUCACUCUCCUGCAUUACUGCUAGCAAAAAGCUGCCGACAUGACUCAUUGCUUCCAAACCUGCUGCACAGAAAAGACUAGAAAGAGAGCGAGAGAGGGAGAGCGGCUGGACAGUUUGCUUCGCCAUGUUUUCUCUCAAGCAAUCAUCUCCGACCAUGAGUGAGCAGAUGGGGUUGCAGAGCACCUCUGGCUAUAGAGAGCCGCCCUCCCCCCUCUCAGACCAGCCUCUGCUCCACAUACAGAGUAGGUUUGAUCCAUAAGUCCACUGUAAAAAGCUUCAACAUGAUACAGGGGUUUUUUGUGCAUAUUCUCAGCAAAAUUGUUUCAGUAGUCUCAAGUUAGAAUAACCAGGAUAUGCAGGUAAUCAAACCCGUAUCCGUGGAGCAGGUCCUCUACUUCCAGCCUUUAAAAGUGUGGGGUUUUUUUUUAUCCAUAUUGGAAAACUGUCCAGCAGCAGGCUGACAGAGCACGGAUGAUUUUUCCUCAGCACAAAAGUUUUUGUUGAACCUGCUGUACGAGGGCACGGUGCUCCAUGUUUUGAUAUCUUCUUUUAUCCACCAGCUGGGUUUUUCCUGGCUCGGAGUGACGACUCACCAGUGAGUCACAUUUCUGUAUUCUUCUACCCCAAUUACAGAAAUAAGUUUUCUCAUUUACAUGAUGUUUAAGAACUCAGCUUAUUGGAGCAAUCAGACCGUAAUCCGGAUAAUUAUGUGAGUGUAAAUUCACUGAUUGUAGUAGAUGCACAUUUAGCCUCAAAUAUGGACAGAAAACCCUUGUCUCAUGUUUUUUUUUUGUUUGUUUGUUUGUUUUUAACGGAUAAGAAAACAACCACAAGAGGAAAGACACUCAAAACUGAAAGCUGGAAAACAUACAUGAACUGAUGGAAUAAUCAGUUACUCAGCUGGCUGAUCCUUCUCAAUCACUCCUGUUCCUUCUCUCCAGCUGCUGCAGAUGUUUGAGGCAGAGGGUUUCUCCCUUUCUUCACCUGUGCCAUUCAAAGAGGGAAAGAGACCCUGAUGAACUGAUAUUUCUUUAUCUGUGAAACCCUGUGAUCUCCUGGGUGUUAUAAAAAUCCACGGACUUCCAAGGACCCCUGACCAGCACAGAGCUGCGCUCAAAUAGACUCCUCUUUUUCUGACACCAAGGGAUUUGGUGUCACAACCUCAAGGACAGUUGUUGUACCUCUAAAGGGAGUUGUUAAGGACAUACAGUGAAGCUGGUCUUCAGUUGUCAUGAAUGGGGGGUGAAAGGGCUGAAGGGGCUCAUGGGGCGUAUUGGGAUUAUUAUUAUUUAUAUGAAUGUAAUGCCAUUGUUGCUUCUGUGUUUGGUGAGUACCGCGUAGGAUAGAGAGACUUUAGGCUAAUGUGGAAUUGCUGCACUCAGUGUAAAGUAUGUUGUGUUAAGUCACCCAUACUCAGUGUGGGAAUUUGCAGUGUUUGUGUACAUAUUGUUCUUUUUUUUUAUGAAUCUCUUUACAUUUGCUAGUAGGAUAGAUUUCCUGUGUAAAUAUUCCUCGUUCAUAUCCACUCUGCUGCGAGGAGAAACCGCCGCGGUAGGACUGUUUGUUGUGAUCGUGUUUCUACUCGAAGCUGUUCCGAACACACGCAAGCAGCAAAUGAAUGUAUUAAACGUUUUGUACCGAUCGUCAGAUGCGAACCGUUUGCUCCUCGCAGCCGGAGCCAUGUUGGUGCUCCGCGGCCAUUUUGUGGGAAGCAUCUCGCACACUCUGCUCAAUAGACGGGGUAAUGACAGCCGGCCGAGGCGCACACAUCUAUCAACACCCUCUGCUCCAUCUCUGUCACCUCCCCGUAAUGGACCGUAAUGGCAGCGUGGUGCAUGCAUCAGAAACGCACACAGGAAUCACUUUUCUUUGAUAAAGCAGAAGGUAAUAAAUGGGUGUUAUAAAUUCUGCUGCCCUGAACCUGACAACAGCAGUGUGUGUGUGUGUGUGUGUGUGUGUGUGGCGUGCGUGCAUGUGUGUGAUGAGCUUCAUUACACAAGUCCAAUUGGCCUGUCCCAGGGUCCCAGGCACAGUUCAGUGCCUCGGCACAAAGCGAGCUGAUGAAACUGCCUUCUGCUGACAAUCAGGAGAACUAGGUCACCUCUGAAGCAGCAUCCCUGAGGGCGAGCAGCGUGAGUCCAAACACCCCGAGGAGCCGAGCACAUGGACACGCUUUGUCUAAACACACAUGCCGAACAACAAGAUGUAGAGUCACCAAAACAGGAGGGGUACAAGUCCACGGUUUCCUUUUGAAUCUGUUUGUGUUUGUAGAUAUGUGAAGGUGUGAAGAUGCUGCCUAUGAGGAGGCAUAUCUCUGAAACAGUGUUAUCUAUAUACCCAGGGAGCUAAAUGACGGACAUUUUACAGCGUUUACAUUUGUAUCCUGCUGUGAUCAAAGUGUGAACCCCUUAUUGGUGAAGAUUUUAGACGUCAGUCAGCAGACGUCAGAAUGUAUAUUUAUGCCCUCGUUGCUUUGAAUACGUCUGUGAAGAUACUUUUUCCGUAGAAGAAAACUUUUCAAAAUUGUCCCUUUUUUCUCAAUAAAUGUGAAUCUAAUGUUG